GAUUGGCUACUCAACUCCAGCACAACCUCUCAUAUCACCCCACUUUACUUUUAUGUCAAUGGGAAGACAAUCGCACAUACCCUCAAGGAUGUACUCCAUGCACCUAAUGCUAUGAAUUCUCUGCUAUCAGCUGGACGUUUUGACAACACUGGUGGCAAGAUCAGCUUCUCAGCAGCCAAGUGUGAGCUCAGGAAUGCGAAAGGCAUUCUAGCUGGCACUGGACAGAGGACAAAUUGUCUCUACCUGCUGAAUGCCAAAGCAGAGCUAGUAUGGUCAUCAGGAGACCAAACCCAUCAAGCAGCAGAACAUUGA